UUCUUUCUAAAAAUUUUGGCCACUGUUCUCCGAACGGGGGCUUCUUCUGUCUGUCUGUCUGGCAGGCUGGCUUUCCCCCUCUUUCCCACGGAGCCCGAGCCGGGCGCCCGGUGGGGAGUGGGGAGUAGGUGGGGGGAGCCAGCAGAGUUCCAUUUUGGAACGCCCGUGCAGCGUCUCCGCGUUCCCAGCCCGGGUCUCCGCGUUCCCAGCCCCGGCGCAGGGUGUUGGGGGCCGGUGUUCCAGGCAGAGCGGCGCCCGAGCAGAGGCACUGAAGCGUGACCUUGCACUCGGCGUGGAGCUGAGCGCUUCCUCGUUCUCCAGUUGCCUUGAGUGUGUUUCUUCUGCCUCGGCUAGAUGGUCUUGACGCCCCGUCUGCUCUCAGAGUCAAAGUGUAAAAAGAUUCCCAGGAUGUAAGCAAUAUGGGACUGGUGAGUGACCCGUGUGUUUGGCGGCGGUCGGGGCCUCAGCUGGAUUUCAGGAAGGGAAGGGAGGUAUGAUGCUGCCUCUUGUGUUUAGCCAUUGGAACAGUUACAAUCUUCUGCACUGAAAUCAUUCUGGAAACUCAAGCACCAGACUUCAGCGUUCAAGUGAAGCCAAAGCCAUUGGAGCGGGGCAUAAAGCCAAAAGCCUUUUAUCUUAGUAGUUCCAAAACUUUCACUGCCCCUUCCCUACCCGCCCCCGUCCCCCCAAUAAGCCAUUGCACACAGACAGACAGCAUGGCGAGCAAACGAAAAUCCACAACCCCGUGCAUGGUUCGGACAUCACAAGUAGUAGAACAAGACGUGCCCGAGGAAGGAGACAGGGCCAAAGAGAAAGGAAUCGGCACGCCACAGCCCGAAAUGGCCAAGGACGCUUGGGCAGCAGAACCUGAAAACUCUUCCAAAGAAAAUGAAGUGAUAGAGGUGAAGUCUACAGGGGAAAAUCAAUCCAAAAAACUCCAAGGUGGUUAUGAAUGCAAAUACUGCCCCUACUCCACGCAAAACCUGAACGAGUUCACGGAGCACGUUGACACGCAGCACCCCAACGUGAUUCUCAACCCGCUCUACGUGUGUGCCGAAUGUAACUUCACAACCAAAAAGUACGACUCCUUGUCUGACCACAACUCCAAGUUCCACCCCGGGGAGACCAACUUCAAGCUGAAACUCAUUAAGCGCAACAAUCAGACCGUCCUGGAGCAGUCCAUCGAUGCCACGAACCACGUCGUGUCCCUCACCACCAGCGGCCCCGGGAGCGGCGACAAUGACCCCGGGAUCUCGGUGAGUAAAACCCCCAUCAUGAAGCCAGGGAAACCGAAAGCCGACGCCAAGAAGGUGCCCAAGAAGCCAGAGGAGGCUGCCCCCGAGAACCACGUGGAAGGGACCACCCGCCUGGUGACAGACGCGGCCGAGAUCCUCUCAAGACUCGGGGGCGUGGAGCUCCUCCAGGACACCUUAGGACACGUUAUGCCUUCUGUCCAGCUCCCACCAAAUAUCAACCUUGUCCCCAAGGUCCCCGUGCCGCUGAACACUACCAAAUACAACUCUGCCCUGGACACCAACGCCACCAUGAUCAACUCCUUCAACAAGUUCCCUUACCCAACGCAGGCUGAGCUGUCCUGGCUCACAGCUGCUUCCAAACACCCGGAAGAGCACAUCAGAAUCUGGUUUGCCACCCAGCGCUUAAAGCAUGGCAUCAGCUGGUCCCCGGAGGAGGUGGAAGAGGCCCGGAAGAAGAUGUUUAAUGGCACCAUCCAGUCGGUGCCCCCAACGAUCACUGUGCUGCCCGCCCAGUUGGCCCCCACCAAGAUGUCACAGCCCAUCCUCCAGACAGCGCUUCCGUGCCAGAUCCUCGGCCAGACCAGCCUCGUGCUGACUCAGGUGACCAGCGGGCCGACGACCGUCUCUUGCUCCCCCAUCACGCUCGCCGUGGCCGGAGUGACCAACCACGGCCAGAAGAGACCUCUGGCGACGCCCCAAGCUGCCCCCGAGCCCAAGCGCCCACACAUCGCUCAAGUGCCAGAGCCUCCGCCCAAGGUGGCCAACCCUUCGCUGACCCCGGCCAGCGACCGCAAGAAGACGAAGGAGCAGAUCGCACACCUCAAGGCGAGCUUCCUCCAGAGCCAGUUCCCCGACGAUGCUGAGGUCUACCGGCUCAUCGAGGUGACCGGCCUCGCCAGGAGCGAGAUCAAGAAGUGGUUCAGCGACCACCGGUAUCGGUGUCAAAGGGGCAUCGUCCACAUCACCAGCGAAUCCCUUGCCAAAGACCAGCUGGCCAUCGCGGCUUCCCGACACGGCCGCACUCACCACGCGUACCCAGACUUUGCCCCGCAGAAGUUCAAAGAGAAAAGCCAAGGUCAGGUGAAAAUCCUGGAAGACAGCUUUCUGAAAAGCUCUUUCCCGACCCAAGCAGAACUGGACAGGCUAAGAGUGGAGACCAAGCUGAGCAGGAGAGAGAUCGACUCCUGGUUCUUGGAGAGGCGGAAGCUUCGGGACAGCAUGGAACAGGCCGUCCUGGAUUCCAUGGGGUCCAGCAAGAAAGGCCCAGACUCGGUGGCCCCCAAUGGUGCUCUGUCUCGACUCGACCAGUUCUCCAGUGCCCAGGUGCCCGGUUCUUUGCCCAGCCCUUCACCAGCAAUUACAAAAAAUCAAGAACAGGUUCAUCUCCUGAGGAGCACGUUUGCAAGAACCCAGUGGCCAACCCCCCAGGAGUAUGACCAGCUGGCGGCAAAGACCGGCCUGGUCCGAACUGAAAUCGUGCGUUGGUUCAAGGAGAACAGAUGCUUGCUAAAAACUGGAACUUUAAAGUGGCUGGAGCGGUACCAGCAGCGGCACGUGGCGGAUGAUCAUGGCUACGACGCCCCAUCGAGGAGGGCAGCAAAAGCCGUCAUCGCCGAGAGCUCGAAGAACGGGAGCGAGGGCGGUCCACAGUAUCACAAGGACCCCAAAAAGCUCUGCAAAGAGGACUUGGAGAAGCUGGGCCCCAGGAUGAAAGCAGGCGGCGAGCAAGCAAGAGACGGUUUGCUGGCAAAGCCCUCGGAGGCCACCUCGGACAGAUCAGAGGGCAACAGUCGGGACGGCCAGGGCAGCGACGAGAAUGAGGAAUCAGGCAUCGUGGAUUGGGUGGAGGUGACGGUCGGAGAGGAGGACGCCGUCUCAGACAGGUCGGACAGCUGGAGUCAGACGGCAGCAGAAGGUGCGCCGGAACUGGCCGACUCGGACUCCGACAGCGUCCCUGCUGAGGCCAGCCAGGCCUAGACAGGGAAGUCCACCAGAACUGCUGUGCUGAUGAAGGGGACACUCUGUCUUCAAAGAGAGAAGAGAACUUCUGUCCCUGGCUGUGGGCCACCCUGGCCAGAGACUCCAAGUGCAACGCCUUCACUCGUACACACCUCCCUGAGGCCUGGUGGGAAUUGUUCAUAGUGCCAAAGUCCUACCACUGCGUUUUCCAUGGGUCCUUGUAAAUUGUUGGUUCCUGUGCCCAGGCCCCCGCCUCUUGCUAUACUGGAACCGAUUUGUACAAUGUGGGAAAAUUUUGUUACCUUUUUAACCAAGGGCAACUUCCUUUUCCAGCACUACCAUCGUAAGGUAUUUUUCCAGGAGGGAGGGCUGAUCACACGUGCUUUUCUCUUUUUUCCUUUCUUUUUUUUUUUUUAUUUUAUUAAUUUGGGGGAGGGGGGAUGUUAGCAUUAGUGCCAUUAUAUCUACUGGAUUUUAGGUAGGGAGAGUUCAUUUUUCAAGGUAGUUUGAAAUUUGGGAGAUUUCUUCAGGGGAAAGGGCUGGGAUUCAGGCAUCUGUCUUAACUUGGAGAGGGUUUUACAGAUGACAGAUCUUCCAAAUCAAAUCCAUUUCUAUUUCUUCCCCAGCCUCCUCUGGGGGUCCCUGUUUAACCACACACAAGGCCUUCUGAACUGCCACCAGGCCGGUCUGGUUUUUUUGAUGGCCUGGGCUCAGACCUCGGGCCGAGCCAGCACCCGGAGAACUGGGUGGCGGACAGCUACCCUCUGAGCCCCUUUUUAGUGACCAGCAGAAAGGGCUCUCCCGGAUGCACUAGCAUCAUCAUUACUUUUGUGAAAUUAAAAGAGAAAGAGAUCUUCGUGUCUAGAUGGUACAAAGAUGAACAGCUCUGGUUUUCGUCUCCGUUCCUAGCUGCCUCUUCUCAGUGUGGUAUUGGACAAGAGUUCAGCUUGAAGCUUCACCACGAAUUGCUUUUUUUGUUUGUUUGUGUGUUUGUUUUGGGCCAAUUUUAGUUUCCUGAGUGCACUUUUUUUUCCCUCAGUUAGUCCUAACUUCUAAAGAAGAAACACCAGGAGACGUAUCUGGUGUAACGUUGCAGUAUGAGCUGUGUUUGCAGUCCCUUCCCCUGCCCACACUGCCCCUCAUUUGAGUACACUGCACAAAUCAAAGGUUAGGGAGUUUGGAGAAAAAAAACAAUUUUUCUAACUUGUUG